AUGCCUCUCAGACUCGAAAUCAAGCGUAAGCUUGCGCAGAGGUCGGAAAGAGUGAAAUGUGUGGAUCUACAUCCAACAGAACCAUGGAUUCUGGCAAGUUUAUACUCUGGAACCGUCUGUAUCUGGAACUACCAAUCUCAGACCAUGGCCAAAUCUUUCGAGGUCACUGAGUUACCAGUUAGAUCAGCCAAGUUUGUUGCACGCAAACAGUGGGUUGUUGCAGGAGCUGAUGACAUGUUUAUUCGUGUAUAUAAUUACAACACAAUGGAUAAAGUCAAAGUAUUUGAAGCUCAUACUGAUUACAUUAGGUGUGUAUCAGUUCAUCCCACCCUUCCUUAUGUUCUGUCAUCAUCUGAUGAUAUGCUCAUAAAGCUCUGGGAUUGGGAAAAAGGCUGGAUUUGUACCCAGAUAUUUGAAGGACAUUCUCAUUAUGUUAUGCAAGUGACAUUUAAUCCUAAAGACACAAACACCUUUGCCAGUGCGUCUCUUGAUCGUACUAUAAAGAUUUGGAAUCUUGGCUCUCCCGAUCCUAAUUUUACAUUGGAUGCUCACCAAAAAGGAGUGAAUUGCGUUGAUUACUUUACAGGUGGCGACAAACCUUAUCUAAUCACCGGUUCUGACGAUCACACAGCAAAGGUAUGGGAUUAUCAGACCAAAAGUUGUGUCCAGACCCUAGAUGGUCACACACACAAUGUUUCUGCUGUAUGCUUUCAUCCUGAACUUCCUAUAAUCAUUACUGGUUCUGAGGAUGGUACAGUGCGCAUAUGGCACUCAACAACUUAUAGGCUCGAGAAUACAUUGAACUAUGGUCUUGAAAGAGUUUGGGCUAUUGGAUACUUGAAGAGUUCACGCCGGGUUGUGAUUGGAUAUGAUGAAGGAACAAUUAUGGUCAAACUUGGUCGAGAAGUACCUGUAGCUAGCAUGGACAACAGUGGAAAAAUUAUUUGGGCUAAACAUAAUGAAAUUCAGACUGUCAAUAUAAAGAGCAUAGGAGCAGAUUUGGAGGUUGCUGAUGGAGAAAGGUUGCCUUUGGCUGUUAAGGAGCUGGGCACUUGUGAUCUUUACCCACAAAAUUUAAGGCACAAUCCUAAUGGAAGGUUCGUUGUUGUAUGUGGAGAUGGUGAGUAUAUUAUAUACACUGCACUGGCAUGGAGAAACAGGUCAUUUGGUUCAGCGCUAGAAUUUGCUUGGUCUUCGGAUGGAGAAUAUGCUGUCAGAGAAAGUACAUCAAAAAUUAAAAUUUUCAGCAAAAGUUUUCAGGAAAAGAAGAGUGUCCGACCAACAUUUUCAGCUGAACGAAUAUUUGGCGGCACUUUACUGGCAAUAUGUUCAAAUGAUUUCAUCUGCUUUUAUGAUUGGACUGAAUGCAGAUUGAUUUACCGCAUUGAUGUCAAUGUGAAAAAUCUCUACUGGGCUGAUAGUGGUGAUCUAGUAACAAUUGCUAGUGAUACGUCAUUCUACAUCCUAAAGUACAAUCGUGAUGUUGUUGCAUCACAUAUAGAUAGUGGAAAGCCCGUAGAUGAGGAAGGUGUUGAAGAUGCCUUUGAGCUCCUUCAUGAAAUGAAUGAACGUGUAAGGACCGGUAUCUGGGUUGGGGAUUGCUUUAUCUACAACAAUUCCUCUUGGAGACUUAAUUACUGUGUUGGUGGAGAGGUAACUACAAUGUUCCAUUUGGAUCGCCCUAUGUACUUGUUGGGAUAUCUUGCAAACCAAAGUCGGGUGUUUUUGAUUGACAAAGAAUUUAAUGUUGUGGGAUACACCCUGCUUUUGAGCUUGAUUGAGUACAAGACACUUGUGAUGCGUGGUGAUUUGGAAAGGGCCAAUGAAGUUCUACCAUCAAUUCCUAAAGAGCAUCAUAACAGUGUUGCUCGAUUCCUGGAAUCACGGGGAAUGAUAGAGGAUGCUCUUGAAGUAGCUACAGACCCUGACUACAGAUUUGAUCUAGCAAUACAGCUAGGAAGAUUAGAAGUUGCAAAGGGCAUUGCAAUAGAGGUGCAGAGUGAAUCUAAAUGGAAGCAGUUGGGAGAAUUAGCCAUGUCUAGUGGCAAGUUACAAAUGGCUGAGGAAUGUUUGAAUCAUGCAAUGGAUUUGAGUGGGUUGUUGCUGCUAUAUUCUUCUUUCGGAGAUGCAGAAGGAAUUUCAAAACUUGCAACCCUUGCUAAGGAGCAAGGGAAGAACAAUGUUGCAUUCCUUUGCUUAUUUAUGUUGGGUAAACUUGAAGACUGCCUUCAACUAUUGGUAGAAAGCAAUCGAAUUCCAGAGGCAGCUUUAAUGGCUCGAUCUUAUCUCCCAAGUAAGGUCCCAGAGAUAGUGGCAAUUUGGAGAAAGGAUCUCAAUAAGGUUAAUCCAAAAGCUGCUGAAUCAUUGGCUGAUCCUGAGGAAUAUCCAAAUCUGUUUGAAGACUGGCAAGUUGCACUUGCUGUUGAGUCUAAAGCUGCAGAAACACUGAAUGUUUACCCUCCAGCAGAGCAAUACAUCAACCAUGCUGACAAACCACAUGUUACUCUUGUUGAAGCUUUCAGAAACUUGCAGAUUGAAGAGGAAGAGCCUCUUGAGAAUGGAGACUCUAAUCAUGAGUUGACUGAACAAAAUGAAGAGCACUUUACAGAAGAAGAACACUACACGGAUGAACAAAACGGAGAGGAAGGAAGCCAAGAAGAGGCAGUUGUAGUGGAUGCCGAAUCAACAGAUGGUGCAGUACUUGUAAACGGCAGCGAGGCUGACGAAGAGUGGGUGCUUGCACCACAUCACUAG